GAGCAGACUAUACCUCUGCGGCUUGGGCGCUGGGGCUGCAGAUGCGGCGGCGGCGGCGGCGGCAGCGGCUGCAGAAGCCGGCUUAGCCUCGGCGACAGCAUUGCUCCGAGCCUCUGGGCGGCUGGGGCUCUGGGGCGAUGGGCUCCUGCUGGAGCCGGCGGGACUCGCGCAGACAGCGGCUGGACAGUCUCCUGCCCCACUAUGGAACUUUACCACGGAAUCCAGCCAAGACCUGUGUGGAAGUGAUCGGCUACCAGCAAAGCCUGUGGCGCACCGGCCUGUGUCAUGUGGGGGCCCUGCUGACCGUUGGCAUCUUGCUGUUGAUCUUCCACUGGAAGCCCCAGCUCAAGGUCAAGGCCAGGUGCACCCCCUGCCCCUUAAAGCUGGCUGAAUGGUUGAUCAUCAAGGAUCAGUUUGGGCAGCUUUUCACCACCCGGGUGCAAACUGAGCUUGUCAGUGAGGGCAGCCUGAACCAUCCCCAGGAAGGUCGAUGGGAUUGGAAGCUGGAGGACGAUGGAAGGAAUCACGUGGCUGUGGGGGUCUCACAGGAGGAAGCCUGGAGAGACACCAUUCAACUCUGCAGGAAGGAGGAGCAAAACAUCCUGAGAUAUUAUGUCUUCGAAGGGGUCCGAUAUAUAUGGUUUGAGGCUCAGCAAGCCUUCCGUCGUGUCAGUGUGCUAGAUGAGACCAAGACCUGUGAAGACCUUCAUCAUUCCAGCACUGGACUCAGCCUCCAGGACCAAAACAUAAAAAAGAAGAUAUAUGGUCUUAAUCUGAUUGAUGUACCCAUCAAAUCAUAUGCUCGGCUUCUGGUGGAUGAGGUGCUGAAUCCGUUCUACCUGUUCCAGGCUUUCAGCAUCGCCCUGUGGCUGUGGGACACCUACUACUACUAUGCCGGUUGCAUCUUCACCAUCUCCAUUGUCUCCAUCGUCCUGGCCCUCUAUGAGACCAGAAAGCAAAGCCGGAGCCUGCAAAAUAUGGUGAAGAUGACCAUGAGCGUGAGCGUGCGCCGAGGCGGGGGAGAAAAUAUGCUGGUCAAUUCCACGGAGCUGGUGCCUGGAGACUGCUUGGUACUCCCUGCCAGGGGGAUGCUGAUGCCCUGCGAUGCUGCCCUCCUGUCCGGAGAGUGCAUGGUCAACGAGAGCAUGCUGACAGGGGAGAGUGUCCCAGUGAUGAAGACCUCCCUCCCCAACGGUCCCUUUCCCUACUCCCCUGAGGAGCACCGCCGACAUACGCUCUUCUGUGGAACACAAGUCUUGCAAGCCAAAGCCUACAUGGAAAAUGAUGUCUUGGCGGUGGUGACCCGGACAGGAUUUUGUACUGCCAAAGGGGAUCUGGUUAGCUCCAUCCUCCACCCCAAACCCAUCAGCUUCAAAUUCUACAGGGAUGCGCUGAAAUUCGUCUUCAUUCUCUCUAUCCUGGCUUUCGUGGGCACCAUCUAUAGCAUCGUGAUCUUAAUCCACAACAAGGUAGCAAUAAAGGAGAUUGUGAAACGGUCCCUAGACUUGGUGACCGUGGUGGUACCUCCGGCACUCCCAGCAGCCAUGACGGUUGCCAUCAUCUCCGCCCAGAAUCGUCUCAAGAAACAAAAAAUCUUCUGUAUUAGCCCACCUCGCAUCAACUUGGGAGCCAAGCUGCGGCUGGUCUGUUUUGACAAGACAGGUACAUUGACAGAGGAAGGCCUGGAUGUUUGGGGUGUGCUCCCUCUGAAAGGUUACGAUUCCCCACUCCCAGACCCACGGCAGCUCCCGGGAGGUCCCCUGCUCACCACCCUGGCCUCCUGUCAUUCCCUCUCUUUGCUAAAUGACCAACCCAUUGGUGAUCCUAUUGACCUCAAAAUGGUGGAGUCUACUGGCUGGUUGCUUGAAGAAGUGGGGUCGGAGACCCUAGUGUUUGGGACCAAGGUCAUGGCUGUGAUGAGACCCCCACCCCCAGAGGAGCAACUUCAAGGGACAGAGCCCCCGGUGCCCAUUGGCAUUCUCUGCCGAUUCCCCUUCUCAUCAAGCUUGCAGCGGAUGAGCGUGGUGGUCGUGCGGCAGGGGGAAGCCCAUGCUGAAGCCUACGUGAAGGGGGCCCCUGAGAUGGUGGCCAGCCUCUGUACCCCAGACACAGUGCCGCCAAAUUUCUUUCAAGAGCUCCAGCACUACACAGCGAAUGGAUUCCGGGUCCUGGCCUUGGCAUUCAAGCCCCUGCCCAUCGCUCCUACUCUGGAGAAAGCUCAGCAGCUAGCCAGGACAGAAGUGGAGAGCGAGCUGACUAUGCUGGGCCUUCUGAUGAUGAAGAACGUGCUGAAACCUGAGACAGAGCCCACCAUCCAAGCCCUACGCAGGGCUAACAUCCGUACCGUUAUGGUCACAGGUGACAACAUGCUGACUGCAGUUAAUGUGUCUCAGACCUGCGGUAUGGUAAAGCCCCAAGAGCCGGUGGUGUUUGUCCAUGCUUCAGCCCCCGCCCGUGGCAAACCAGCUUCAAUCAAGUUUGUCCCCUUUGAGCACUCCCCAGGAGGGGAACAAGCUGAACCCAAAGGGUACAUUGUGGAGCUGACUGAGGAGCCCUGCCAUCUGGCACUGAACGGGAAGGCAUUUGCUGUGAUUUUGGAUCAUUUUCCUGAACUUUUGCCCAAGAUCCUGCUCCAGGCCACCAUCUUUGCCCGGAUGACACCGGAACAGAAGACUCAGCUGGUGUGUGGCUUCCGAAACCUGGACUACUAUGUGGGCAUGUGUGGAGAUGGGGCCAAUGACUGUGGGGCUCUGAAGGCAGCCGAUGUGGGCAUCUCCCUAUCCGAGGCCGAAGCUUCGGUGGCGUCUCCUUUCACCUCCCAAAUCACCAACAUUGAGUGUGUACCUAAGGUGAUCAGGGAAGGGCGUUGCUCGCUGGUCACCUCCUUCUGCAUUUUCCAGUACAUGGCCCUCUAUAGCUUCAUUCAGUUCAUCUCCGUCCUAGUGCUCUACACUAUCAAUACCAAUCUAGGUGAUCUACAGUUUCUCUUCAUUGACUUGGCCAUCACAACCUCGGUGACGGUGCUAAUGAGUUUCACAGAGCCCGCCCCAGAGUUGGGGGUCUCCCGGCCCCCCGGCGCCCUGCUCCGUGCAGCCGUCCUGGGCAGCCUCUUCCUACAGACCGCUCUGGUUCUCACCAUCCAGCUCAGCGGCUACUUCAUCACCGUCUCCCAGCCCUGGUUUGUCCCUUUAAAUAGGACUGUGUCAGGGGCCCAGAACCUGCCCAACUAUGAGAACACGGUCAUCUUCUGCCUCUCGGGGUUCCAGUACCUCACGCUGGCUGUGACCAUGUCUAAGGGUCCCCCCUUCCGCCGCCCACUCUACACAAAUGUGGCUUUCCUCUUGGUCUUAUUGUUGCUGGCCGUCAUCCUGGUCGUACUCACCUUGGGCCUGCUGGACUUCCUGCUGAGGUGGCUGACCCUGAAGGACAUCCAGGAUAUCCGGUUCAAGCUGCUCCUGCUCGGCCUGGCUGCCCUCAACUUCGUGGCCGCGUUCAUGCUAGAGUGCAUCUCUGACCAGUGGAUCCCCAGGUGCUUGCGCCACCUCUGCCCAAAGAAGGCCUCCAAAAAGUUUUUCAAGCGACUUGAACGGGAGCUGGCCCAGCAGCGCACUCCCUGGCCCCCACUCCACCAGCCCAUCCUGGCCACCCCCAAGACAGCCUCCGUGCUGAGGUAGCCCUGGAUCCUGGGGACUUCCUGGGGCGGAGGUCUGAGCCCCCCCCUCCCCACCUCCUCUAUUUAUGCAUCUUGGUAGCAACACUGUCCGUGGCCUGGGCCUGCCUACACACUCCUCGAGUACCUGAGCGCAGAGCCGGACUCGUUCCCAAAGCCAUAUCCGCCGCCCGUGGCUGAGGUCGGAGCCUCUCGGCUCCACAGAAGCCCCUCCUCAGACACUUCAUUCCGUCUUCCUCCCCUGCAGGGAGCGGCUUUACUCCACGUCCUUUCUCAGACCACUUUAGGUCCCUUCUCUCACCUUAGAAAUAGUCUAUCCACGGAGAUGGAGGGGUCCACCCGACACUCGGGGGUCCCCACUGACAGACUGAAUAAAUUUGCCUUAUUUUCCUGGAUGUGCUGAUCUUCUGUGAGAGCCUGGCCCUGACCACUAGCCCCAUGCUCGGGAUGCCCCUGCUUAUGCCCUCCUUGUCCUGAGCCAGCGGAGCAGCAAGGGCAUUGCCCGGAUGUGGCCUGCUGAAGAGAACCUUAGACUGAGAAAGAGGAACUGAGUUCUAGGUUUGGUUCUUUUCUAACACGCUCUGCCAACUCCAUUUCCUUUCCACGAGCCUCGGUUUCCUCUUCUGUAAACUCCUGGACAAUAAUACUUUCAGUGUGACCUACCUCACAGGGUUGUUGUGAGGAAAGUGCCUUGUGAACUUCAGAGGUCUAUAGAAAUGGCCCUUGUCAUCCAGGCAACACUGAACUUACAGCUGGUUGCCUCUGUGACCUUCCAGCACCUUUCUCUACCACAGUGGCCAACAGAAAUGAGAACGGGGGUGGAAAGUGGUGGGGCAGUGUGAAUGGACUGGCGGGAAAAUAAAAGGAAGCACUGAGAGGGUAAGAACUAACCCACGAAUGAUGGAGGCAGGAUUAAGAAAAUAGCUUAACAGAGUAGAGUAUAGGAUCAAACAGAAUAAGACGGAAUUGAAGAGCAACAAAUGUCAAGUCUUACACAUGGUUCAAAAAGCCAAUUUCCCAAGUCCCAAGUAGAUGACAUAGUUAAGUGUUAGUUUUAUCUGAAAAAAUAUCUGGAAUUCUUCGUGGCCUUCAAGGCCUGUAUAAAUAAGUGUUGUGAGAUGAUCAGCAUGAAAACUAAGGAGAUCCUAGGCUACUUAAAGCGACAGAUCAGAAAUGAAGGCCAUCACCCAUUUUGCUCUUUCCUUGCUGAGUAUUGGGUUCACUAUUUCUAGCUUGUCCAGGGAGGCAGCUAGGUGACACGGUGGAUGGAGCUCUGGGAUUGGAAUCAGGAGGUCUCAUUUUCAAGUUCAAAUCUAGCCUCAGACCUUUACUAGCCAUGAUGCUGGGCAAGUCCUUAAUUCUGUGGGUCUCGGUCUGUAAAGUGAGCUGGAGAAAAAAAGGGCAAAGAACUCGGUGGCUUUGCCAAGAAAAAUCCCAAAUGGGGUCAUGAAGAGUCGGACAUAAGUGAACAACAGGGCUUGUCCAGACCAGUGUAAAUUUGGGCACAUCCAGCUGGGCAAUCGGACUAACUCUAUUCCAGCCCAAAAUACUGUGAUCUUAUGAACUGGGGAUGUUGAGUCUGAAAAAGGAAGAGUGGAAUGGGCAAGGACACAUUGGCCAUCUUCACAUAUUCAAAGAUUUCUCAGGUAGACAAUCCCUUCCAAAUGAUGGAUGGGAGAAGGGAACAAUGGAAGGGAUGCUCUUCAACUCGGGCCUUCCAGACCCCAGCCAAGGACCAGAUGGGGGCCCUUCUUCUCCAACCUUCCUGCCCUUUUCUUCUCUCUCACUUGUGGCUAGACACUGAAAUUCACCUCAAGUCCGCUCUCUGCUUCCCAGUGAUGCUUCUGACUCCCGACCCUGAGCAGCAGACAUGGCUAUGAAAUAUAGCCCCUGGAUACUCUGAAAGUUACUGUUUUUCUGUAAGAGGGAGGACCACCAGGUCUUCCCAUUUGAGUUAGUAAUAAAUCUGAGGUCUUCUAGGCCUUGGUGUUUACUCCGUGGCUACUCCCAGACCACUCCCACCCACAUCCCAGGCUCUGCCAUUUGGCUUGCAGACCUCAGGGUCUUGCCUUCCUCCCUUUGUUGUGUCCUUAGGACUUCUGGGACCUUCAUCUUCCUUCUAUACAUGUUGUCUUCCUCAGUUAGAAUGUGAGCUCCCUGAGAGCAGGGACUGCCUCAUUUUUUCUAAUUGUACCCCCAGUGCUUAAUAAAUUUUUUCAUUCAAGAGAGUUCACAGCACAGUGCCCAGCACAGGGCCCUGCUCAGCCCCUGAGAAUAGAAUGAACAGAAAGAGGAUUCAGAUGUAAACACAUACACACCCUUUACAAACCUUUAGAACUGUACAAAAGAGAUACUUCAAGUGUCAUUGUAGAAAUAAAAAAAGAGAGUUGGGAAAGAUUUCAGAGGCCAUGUAAGAGUUACCGUCGAUUUUCUCCUUAGUGGCAGUGUCCAAGCAGAAUCUGGAUGACCACUUGAGAAAGGAACAUUUCUGCUUAGAUGCCCCUUUGUGGUAUCUUCUCGGUGACAAGCCUGGGAGGGACUGACUUGUGGGAAUUGGGAUAAUGAUGACUGGAGGGCUUUCAACUAUGUGAAAUGUUCUGCUUGGCUGCAGAAGGCAAACCAAGGACAAUGGAUGGGCUGCCAAGAAGCCAAUUUAGUUUUGGGGUCAGGUCAGACUUCCUAACAAUGAGUGGAAGUCCUCUGGUAAGGAAAAACAAUGGGGAGGGGGGAUUUCUUUUGGAAAUGGAUUGGACUAGAUGGUCCCUGAGGCCCCUUCAUUGUAUUUUUGUAUUUGAUUUAGUAUUUUUUUUCCAAUUACAUGUAAAGACAGUUUUCAACAUUGAUUUUUGGAAAGAUUUUGAGUUCUAAAUUUUUCUCCCUCUGCAAGAAGGCAAGCAAUCUGAUGUCAAUUAUCCACGUGAAGUCAUGUAAAGCAUAUUUCCACAUUAGUCAUGUUGCGAAAGAAGAAACAAAAGGAAAAAUGAAAAAAAAAACAAAAAGAGAAAAUAGUAUUCUUCAAUUUGUUUCAGACUCCAUCAGUUCUUUCUCUUAAGGGUGAAGAGCAUUUUCAUCUUGAUGACUUUUUUGGAAUUGUCUUGGGUCACUGUAUUACUGAGAAGAGCUAAGUCAGUCAUAGAUGAUCACUGCACAAUGUCGCCGUUACCGUGCUUGAUUUUUUUCUGGUUCUGCUCACUUCGCUCUGCAUCAGUUCGUAUAAAUCUCCAGGUUUUUUCUGAAAUCUGCCUGCUCAUCAUUUCUUGCAGCACAAUAAUACUCCAUCACAUAUACCAAAACUUGUUCAGCCCUUCCUCAACUACUGGGAAUCCUCUCAGUUUCCAGUUCUUUGCUGUGAGGUCCCUUCUAACCCUCAAAUUGGGUGGUUCUAGGUUCCUAAUCUGGGGGAUCAGGAAAUUUUUUUUUAAAAGCUGAUUUUUUCCCCCCAUCGGCUAUCCAGCCAGUGACCACCAGAUGGCGACCAAGCUGAAUAAAGGCCCCACCUCUCAGCCAGAAUUUGGCUGGAAACUAAUCCAGGCUGAUCAAACAGCAGGAGAAUAAAAUGUGAUUCAAAACAAAACUCAAGUACUCCCCGAUUCCCUAACCCCGGUCUUUUGGUAGCCCCUGAAAAUCUGGGCCUGGGAUUGGCUUAAAACACAUCUUGGGUCCCAUCAAAAGUGAGCUCCCUUUUAACAUCCUCUAGCCCAGAGCUACUUCUUCUUGACACUUUUCCUUGGCUCUGAGACUAUCCAGGAGGGAAAGGAAAAGGAAUGGUCAAAAUAUCUGAAUAAUGGCUGUGGCUGAUGCUGAACUAACGUGGCCAUUCUCCAGGCACCAGGGUUUGACAGAUGAGGUAAAGCAUACAAGUCCCCCUGAUUCAUUGGGAAUUCUCAGCUGAGCAAAGGGCUGGGGAUUCCUUGUCAAGGAGAGGAAAGAAGACUUGAGUUUAAGGAACACCUGGUGUGGAUGGACUGCAGGACCUAUAAUCAGGAGGACUUGUGUUCAAGUCAAGCUUCUGAUAUUAACAAAUCGUGGGAUGAUGGGGCAAAUUACUUACCUCUCAGGGCUUCAGUUUUCUUUCUGGCAAAAGAAAGGCAUUGGAUUAAAAUGAUUGUCUAAGAUCCUUCCCAGCUCUAAAUUCAAUGAUUUUAUUUAUGAAGUGACCAAGGCAUUUAUCUGAACACGCAAUCGGGAUUUAUUGGGGUGGUAUUUCCCCACUGGGCAGCGGGGUUUGAGACCCUCAAGAGACCUGAUUUAAGGGGAGAAGAUACAACCGUGGUCUGAGCUCCUGGACAUUGCGAAGGAGCCUCAACCUUCCAAAGUAAGUGGGAGCAAUCGGGGAAAUGUUCUGUCAGUGGCACAGUGGAAGUUGAAGAGACUUUACAAAUCAUCUAGUCUAGCCCUGAGGUUCUCAACCUGGGGUUCAUGGAUCUCUGGGGGGUGUCUGUAGAUUUCAGGGGGCCGUGAAUUUGGAUGAGAAAAAGUUCAUCUAUUUUCACUGAGUGCUAAAUUGAAACUGAAAUUUUUAAUUGCUUAAAAAUCUCCCAGGGUGGAAAAUUUCUCCCACACCUAGAGAAUAGAGUCUGAAUGCAAAUAAAACCACACUAUUUUCACUUUAUUUUAUUUAUUUAUUUAUUUUUGGUGAUUGUUAAAUUGUGAUCUGUUCCUUCAUAAUAGGAUGAAUAUAGGAAUAUCUUUUACAUGAUUACACAUCUAUAACCUAUAUCAAAUUGCUUACCAUUUUAGGGAAGGAAGUGGGGAGAGAGGGAGGGAAAAAAUUUGGAACUCAAAAGUAAAUUAACAUUAAAAUUGUAUUUUUGUAAAUUGUAAAAACUGUAAUGUAAAAGGUAAAUUGUAAAAAAAAUAUGUAUAAUUGGAAAAAAUAGAACACUAUUUUUAAAAAACCAGUAAUAUAAUGAAAACCCCUCCCUCAGCCUCAGUUUUUCUUAUGGGUAAAAUGGGAUUAGCACUUAUACCUCCCAAAAUUGUAAGGAUAAAAUGAGGUAAUACUUGUAAAGUGCUUUGUGAACUUUAAAUUGAUAUAUGUCUGUGUGUAUACAUAUAUGUGUAUGUAUAUAUAUUUUUUAUAUUCUAAA